AUGCUCAUGACAGAGACACGUCGGGAGCCUCUGAACCAUCUUCUGUCGAUGAAGAGCCUCCAAUGCUUAUUGGAUGCUAUUGUUUCGCUUUUCCCUAACACUAUUGACCACAGGAAUCCUGCAAAUCUCUUGAAGGAUCUGAAGAUAACUUUGAAGAAAGCCAAUAAAUCUGACAUUGUUCUCACCCUCGGAGACAUCAUUGACUGCCAGCGAGGUCUUGUUGGGAGGAACAUCUGUGUCAUUACCACUGAGUGCCCGGAAUGGCCUGAGAAGAGGCUGGCGGAUGCUGCGAAGGUCAAGGCUGAUGAGAUGGCUGGUCAAGGCGAGAGGCAUUGGGUUCUGGAUCAUCUUCCUGAGAUCUUUCAUUCCCAAGACUUCAGCUUCGACAAUAAAGAUUUACCUUGGAGAAAGUUGAUGGAGCUCUUGAGAAUGGGAUCCUAUGUCGAUGGGAAGACACUCAUAUAUGAGGAGCACCUUCUUCGCAUCACCAUGUCAGAACAUCUCUUUCCCAUGAUGGACCUGGCCAAUGUCAAGGAUAUCGCUCAAGCCUUUCUUGAUAUACUACAAUGUAUAUCACUUUUGUUUCUAUCUCUAGCAUCUGAGUAUAACAUAUGA